AUGGGACAUUUUACCAAUGUAAAGUCAGCUCAAGAAAAGUGUUUCACCAUAUGUAUACCUUGUAGCAAUUCACUCGGCCAAACUACGAAGUUUAGCAAAGCAUUUGUUGAUCUACAUAUUUUAAAACCCUCUCCUUACGUGCAAGGGCAAUAUUAUGCUACGGACGGAUCUAACAAGAUUAUAUUUAAUAUAAAAUUAAACACGAUCCAGGUUAUAUCUGGUUUUCAGAAAGGUUUCGAGACACAGAUUAUUGGUGAAGAACUAGGGUACAAUAAGAAAUUUGAGCAAUAUCGAUUCCUGCUGAUCGAACAGCCACUUGAUCCGAACUUUAAGAUAUCUUCAAGCAAUGGUGAUCAAGAUUCAAUAUUAGAUAAAUUAAAGCCUGUUGAAACGCUGAAAGAAUGCUAUGAUUUUUUAUUCGAAUUUUCUGAGCAUAAAGAGGCAAUGCUGGAGCUUGAUAAAGGUAUUUAUACAUUUCUUACAAGCUAUGUAGUGGUUGUUGGCUACUUGGACCAUGCGGCCAAAAAAUUGAGAUCUCUAGCUGAAAAUUGCGAAAAGCAAAUUCUUGAAAGAAAUCAUCAACUAGCUAUAGAUAGAAGAUUAAAUGAUAAACUUAGGAUAUCACUUGAAAGCUACAUUUUAAAUCAAGUGCACGACCAACUAUUUAAAGUUGUCAGUAAGGCUUGCAAAAAUGAAUGUGCCCAAGUAAUUAAAAAAUGUGAAGGCAACCCGAAUAUUGAUGGCAAAGCUUUGAGACUAGAUCCUAAAUUCUGUUGCCCACUUAACUCAGCGGAUACAGUUAUAGCUGACGUAAAUGCACAUCGUCGUGUAAAGGAUGACGGAUUACUUGUCUUUCGCGAAGGGCAACAUAAGGAAGGAGUAACAGUAACAUCAGAUGAACUUAUUUCGCUAUUGGUUGUCGUGAUUAUCCGCUCCUCGUAUGAGAGUCUACCAAGUCAUAUAAAGUUCAUUGAAACUUUUCAUUGGACAGAAUUUCCAAAUUCUGAAAAUAAUUACAGUGUUGUCACAUUUAAAGCCGCUUUGAGAUUUAUCCUUAGUGAAACUUUCGAUCAAACGAUAAGACCAUCACUGGAACCAGUAUCCUUAGAACGUUAA